GGCGCCAAUGGCAGCAGCAGACCCUCGCGCAAGACCUCUUCGACGUCGGACCGCGGGCUCAAGCGUUGGACGCUCGAGGGCCAUCCCAAGCGCUACCAGGGGCCCGGGAUCGAUGUGCUCAAGGCCAACACGCUCCCGCUCAAGAAGAGCGGCGGCCAGCACCUCUCGCCCAAGCCGCUCCCGCGCACACCCAAGUCUGGGCGCCUGGGGUCGCUGCGGGAGAGCAUGGUCAGCCUCCCGCAGAGCCCGAUGCUGGACCUGGUCAUGACGACCGCGGUCGACGGCAGCAAGGAGUUUGUGCCGAUGGGAUAUAACCUGGGCCAUGAUCUGGGCGACUUUCUGAAGUGGGAAUCGGAGCAUGUCUAUGCGUCAGGCUUCUAUGGCUCUGAUUAG